UAGUAAGAGUUAAACAACUGUGAGCAGCGAGUCGAUCCACUUCCGCGUUGUCCGUAAACCCACGUCAUACGUCAUCACGUUUGAACGUGAGUCGCGGACUGAAGCAGCUGCUACAGAGUACUUUUUUGCCACUUCUACUACUUUCUGACGGAAAACAAACGUUUAAGAGCCAGAAGAAUCAGACUAAUCGUUAUCGAAUGGCUUUUGACGUCGUCCGCACUGAUCGUGACAUCUCAUGCCUGCCAUGAGCUGCAAAUUGAGUGGGCUAUUCAGCAUUGGCGAGGACUUUGACGAUGAGGACCUGCUGGCUUCAGAGUGGUCUGUUCGACCACCAACCACCGGGCCGUCCCUCCCCCUGGACGCCUCCUGUGUGGGCACAAACACCCUGCAGCCAAGCGGAGCGAGACCAGCGUCGCUUCGUCCUUGCUCAGCAUCAAGUGCCUGCUUGGAAACUGUUGCUCCGAGUUUGAGGAAGCUCUCCUCCAUCGCUCAGGCUCACCCCCCCAAGCCAAGUGUACCUGAGUCCCUCUUGGCACUGGGCUCAUGGGCGCAGCAGAAGCCCGUUGUGAUUCAGGAUGACUUUGACGAUUGGGAUGUGGACCUGGCAGACUUGGAGGAGUGUGAUCGUCAGGUGGGGUCCUUAGCUCCACCCCCCCCAGUCAAAAUGCUGCGGCCUCCAACAAGCGGAGGGACCCAAAGUACGUCAAUCUCGACCUCCAGUCCGAGUUUAGCCCCUUUGACCCCACGACCUGUUCCUCCACAGAGACCUGCAUUUAACUCUGGUCACACUGCGUCCUCGCCGGCACCCAGCCCCCUUCCCAGGACCCUCAGCAAUCCUCAUCAGGUAGUGUGGGCCACUCCGGGCCCCUCGUCCCACCCGGCCCCCCCUCAGAGUCCUGCUCUUUUCCCAGGUCUUACUGCAUCCUCGCCAGUCCCCGGCCCGCUUCCAAGAACACUUCACAAGCCUCAUCAGACAGCCACCCCAGGACCAUCGUCCCACCCGGCCCGUGGCCUCUUUGAGACCGUGUCGCCCUCAUCAUCCCCUGCCCUAAGCCCACACCCCCUCAGCACGCCAGUUCUCACCAAUCGCCUGGUCCAGCUGGUGUCGGCGUCCAGUAAGGUGCCCAGGAAGAGGCCUCGCUUCGAGCCUCAUCAGCCCAGGACGCGCCGCUUCCCGGGCCCGGCGGGACUCCUCCCACAGCAGCCUCACAGUCAAAGUCUGGAUGAGAUCGUCGUGUCUGUUCCUCAGACUCCCGCACAUGGCGUGAAGGCACGCCUUCCAAGCCAUGUUGGCAGCUCCCAGGCCGAGGAGGAGGAGUUCAGCGGUGGCGCCUGGACGGCGAUGAAGGCAGAGAUGGGCUUGGACGAGCGGAACCCCUCCUGCUUCCUCCGCUCCUACAGCGUGGUCAUGGCCGCCCUGAAGCAGCUGUCCAAGAACAAAGUGCCAAACAUGGCCGUGCUGCUGAAGAGCAUCACCCACACGCACGCCGACGCCAAGGCUGUGUUCAAAGAUCCAACGGGCGAGAUGCAGGGCACGGUCCAUCGGCGCCUCGUAGAGGAGCGCCUGGGAGAUCUGAAGGUCGGCGCCGUGCUGCUGCUGAAACGAGUGAGCGUGUUCUCCCCCUCCCAUCGGAACCAUUACCUCAAUGUGACGCCCAACAACCUGCUCAGGAUCUACUCGCCCGACGGAGCCUGCCGGUCCUCGGCUCAGCUCCCCCCGUUGGUGCUGGAGCCAAUGGCAUUGUCACCUGAUGUCCCGAAGGAGCACAUGUCUCGCAUGCAGCUGGAGUUUGACGAGGAGGAGGAGGAUGGCGGCAGCCGAGAGCCACAUAUAGAGACAGUCCAGCAGGAUUCAGGCUGGGACGCAGAUGACCUGGAUGAGCUGCUGGGUGCACUACCUGCGGACACCUACAGUCUAUGACGCCAACUGACGCACAGAAUGAUCACAAACACUGUCAAUACUUCAUCCUGCUUUCUGUUGGGUAUCAUGUUAAAGAUGAGAGAAAAUGUGAUUUUGUUUUUGUUUACACACUAUAUUAAUAACAAUAUAAAGAACAUCCUUCCAUAAUAAUUACCAUUGUUGUCUUGAAGUUGGACCAAAAUGCUGCACCUGGUUUACUUAACCUGAUUGAAUGGCAUCAAAUAGAACAGCACAGCGCUCUUGUCAUAUAGAGGCUCUUUGACUAUUUUUUUAUACUCGGAUUUGUUCCUGAGUGAGUGUCAUAUUCAUUUUCAUUCUUGGCUGCACCUAGCUGACCUUUUUAAAAAGGUCACCAGCAGGUGACAACACAGCAGCAGGUGUCACUGAAGGUGUUGAUUGACGCGGUCGUGGUUUUUGUAACAGCUUUUCACCGCUCGGGGGCAGCAUUCACUUGGCAUCUCAUCAGUUCAUCAGGUCCUGACGGGAGACUGCAACAUCAGAGUCUUGGAGCAGAUGUAACGUUCAGUGUCGUACUGAUAAAAAACAGUUUGCAUGUUGUGCAAUAUACUUGUACCUACUAAAAGGUGCUUGUAUCUUUGUGUCAAUGCAGUGGGUGCUGCAAAUUUUAAACGUGUCAUGCAGUGCAGGUAAGAAUAGACGCCUGACAAGAACAUAGCCGACAUCUUAAGCUGAAAGGUGUUAGGUCUUGCAAAGAUGUCAUGUGCGCAUCCAUCACCCUCCCACUCAAGUCAUUUGCACUUCAAUCUGCCAUCGCCUCAUCUCAGCAGGUAAUAAGCUACUGCUACUCGCAUAUUCAUAUAAACUUAAACUUGUGCUGUAUAUUUUAUUGUGCUAUUAUAAUAUAGCUUUGAAAUAUUUACAUAAAAUAGGUGAUGGUAAUUUAAUGAAAUAACCCUUAAAUCUGAUUUACAAAUGAAAUACUGCAUCAUAAACGGGCUGAGUUAGGUCGCAUAUGAUUGGCCGAUGAGCAAAUUGGGGGCGGUGCUAACCUGACGUCGUCACACAGGUGUGUCAUGGCAAAAUCAAUCUGGGUGGGCGAAACUGCAAAUUGUGGUAUUGCUCCGAUAUGAAGUAAAUACAGUGCCAUUAUUGCCGAUAACAAUACUUUUUUUUUAAAGAACCUUGAAUGUUUUUGCCUUUCAUUUGGCAAAAUUCCCUUCUCAUUUCAAGAGAACUGGAAAAAUAUCUAUCUCAUCACCCUAAUAGCGAUACUAAUCUGUUAUCAAUAACGCUGUUUGAGUCGAUCUGACUAUUCAACAUCAGUGUUGCCAACUUGGCGAUUUUGUCCGUAGAUCUGGCGACAUUCCAACCCCCCUUGUCGACAUAUUUCUCAAACGCGACUAGCGACAAAUCUAGCAACUUUUUCAGACGUCAUUGGGGACUUUUCUAAUAUGGUGAAAGCACGCAUUGUUUUGUAUUUUGUGUUUUUACUGAGAAGCGGCGGGUGCUGUUGACAGGUCCCCCCCCCUCCCCAAAAAGGCAGUCAAGCCAUGAUGGAGCUCUACUCAUCGAAUGUGCAAAUGAAUUCACCAGAAGAGGGUGCUACUCACCAACCACAUCUGUCAGUUCAUGUGAGCCAUAGCAUAAACACAGCAUAAUCUGUUAUUCGCUGUUUGAGAGUCGCUGGCCGAGAUAAAAUAUUUUAUUUUGAUGAAAUGAUGGACAAUUUGA